GGAAGGGUGACCACUCCGACCUGGAUUUACCGUUCUUGGCCCCCGUAAGCCCCCCCGUGUGGGGGGCGGCUGUGAUCGCUCUGGCGGUUGGAGGUCGGGGAGCGGCCCGGGCUCUGGCCAUGUUCUCGGAUGAGGAUUUCUGGAUCGCCCUGUGAAGAGGUCUCCCCGAGAGGGCCCUGCCCAGUCGGAGAGAGGGAUGGACAUCCAGAAGCCGCCUGGUGAAGAUAAAGAUUCAGAACCGGCAGCUGAUGGACCUGCAGCCUCUGAGAAGCCAGGUGCCACUGAGCCAGACCUUCCCAACCCACAUGUUGGGGAGGUCUCUAGCCCCAGUUCUGGGAGUCAUAGGCGGCCGGAGCCUCCACAGGACUGCAGUGGGGGUCCAGUGCGGCGGUGUGCUCUCUGUAACUGCGGGGAGCCCAGUCUGCAUGGACAGCGGGAGCUUCGGCGCUUUGAGUUGCCCUUUGACUGGCCUCGGUCUUCAGUGGUACCCUCUGGGGGAAACCCAGGGCCCAGUGAGGCAGUGCUGCGCAGUGAGGACCUAUCACAGAUUGGUUUCCCUGAGGGCCUUACACCUGCCCACCUAGGAGAACCUGGAGGAUCCUGCUGGGCACACCAUUGGUGUGCUGUGUGGUCCGCAGGUGUACGGGGGCAGGAGGGCCCAGAGCUAUGUGGUGUGGACAAGGCCAUCUUCUCAGGGAUCUCACAGCACUGUUCCCACUGCACCAGGCUUGGUGCCUCCAUCCCUUGUUGCUCACCUGGAUGUUCACGGCUUUACCACUUUCCCUGUGCAACUGCCAGCGGUUCCUUCUUGUCCAUGAAAACACUGCAGCUACUAUGCCCGGAGCACAGUGAGGGGGCUGCACAUCUGGAAGAGGCCCGCUGUACAGUAUGUGAGGGGCCAGGGGAGUUGUGUGACCUGUUCUUCUGUACCAGCUGUGGGCAUCACUACCAUGGAGCCUGUCUGGACACUGCUCUGACUGCCCGCAAGCGUGCUGGCUGGCAGUGCCCUGACUGCAAAGUGUGCCAAGCCUGCAGGAAACCUGGGAAUGACUCUAAGAUGUUGGUCUGUGAGACUUGUGACAAAGGAUACCAUACUUUCUGUUUAAAACCACCCAUAGAAGAAUUGCCUGCUCACUCUUGGAAGUGUAAGGCAUGCCGGAUAUGCCGGGCCUGUGGGGCAGGCUCAGCAGAGUUGAAUCCCAACUCUGAGUGGUUUGAGAACUACUCUGUCUGCUACCGCUGUCAUAAAGCCCAGGGAAGUCAGCCUGUCAGUUCUAUUGUUGAGCAGCGUCUGCCUGUCUGCAGCAGAUUUUCACCCCCAGAGCCUGGUGAUAUCCCCACUGAUGAGCCUGAUGCUCUAUACGUUGCAUGCCAAGGGAAGCCAAAGGGUGGGCACAUGACCUCUAUGCAACCCAAGGAACUUGGGCCCCUGCAAUGUGAAGCCAAACCACUAGGGAGAGCAGGGGCCCAACUUGAACCCCAGCUGGAGGCUCCCCUAAAUGAGGAGAUGCCACUGCUGCCCCCACCUGAGGAAUCACCCCUGUCUCCACCACCUGAGGAAUCACCCACGUCCCCACCACCCGAGGCCUCACGCUUGUCCCCGCCACCUGAGGAGUCACCUGCAUCCCUGCCACCUGAGGCAUCACGCCUGUCCCCACUGGCUGAGGAGUCCCCCCUUUCUCCACCACCUGAGGAGUCUCCUCUGUCUCCUCCACCUGAGUCGUCACCUUUUUCUCUACUGGAAGAAUUGCCACCAUCUCCUGCACUAGAGACGCCCCUGUCCCCACCCAAAGGCUCAUCUCUGUCUCCACCAUUUGAGGAGUCUCCUCUGUCCCCCCCACCUGAGGAAUUGCCCACUUCCCCACCUCCUGAAGCAUCUCGCCUGUCUCCACCACCUGAAGAGUCACCCAUGUCCCCUCCACCUGAAGAGUCACCCAUGUCCCCCCCACCUGAGGCAUCACGUCUGUUCCCACCAUUUGAAGAGUCUCCCUUGUCUCCUCCACCUGAGGAGUCUCCCCUGUCUCCACCUCCUGAGGCAUCACGCCUGUCCCCACCCCCUGAGGACUCACCCAUGUCCCCACCCCCUGAGGACUCGCCUAUGUCCCCUCCACCUGAAGUAUCACGCCUGUCCCCUCCACCAGAGGUGUCACAUUUAUCCCCUUUGCCUGAGGUGUCACGUCUGUCUCCACCACCUGAGGAGUCUCCCCUAUCCCCACCACCUGAGGAGGCUCCCACAUCACCUCCACCUGAGGCCUCACGCCUCUCUCCACCACCUGAGGACUCUCCCAUAUCUCCGCCACCAGAAGACUCACCUGCUUCGCCACCACCAGAGGACUCACUCAUGUCUUUGCCGCUAGAGGAGUCACCACUGUCGCCACUGCCUGAGGAGCUGAGACUCUGUACCCAGCCUGAGGAGCCGUAUCUGUUCCCCCAACCUGAGGAGCCCCAGCUCUGUUCUCAGCCCGAAGAACUGCACCAGUCCCCACAACCUGAGGAGCCAUGCCCUGUGCUUACCGAACCGUGUCUGUCCUCUCAGCCUGAGGAGCUGCAUUUGUCUCCUGGGCCUGAGGAACCAUGCUUAUCCCCCCUGCCUGAGGAACCAUGCCGGUCUCCCCAGCCAGAGGAGCCUCAUCUGUCUCCUGUGCCUGAGAAGCCACCCCAGUCUCCUCAGCCUGAAGAACCUCCUCAGGAAGCAGGCCAGUGUCCUGCACCUAAUGAGUUGCCCUUGCUACCCCAGCCUGGGGACCCACCCUUGUCCCCCUUCCUUGGAGAGUCAUCCCUGUCUGAGCCUGGGGAACCACCUCUGUCUCCUCUGCCCAAGGAGCUGCCCUUGUCUGCACCAGGGGAGCCAUCUUUGUCACCUCGGCUGAUGCCACCAGAUCCUCUUCCUCCUCCGCUCUCGCCCAUUAUCCCAGCUGCAGCCCCACCAGCCUUGUCUCCUUUGGGGGAACUAGAGUACCCUUUUGGUGCCAAAGGGGACAGUGACCCUGAGUCGCCAUUGGCUGCCCCUAUCCUAGAGACACCCAUCAGCCCACCACCAGAAGCUAACUGCACUGAUCCUGAGCCUGUGCCCCCAAUGAUCCUUCCCCCAUCUCCAGGCUCCCCAAUGGGACCCACUUCUCCCAUCCUCAUGGAGCCCCUUCCUCCACCAUGUUCUCCACUCCUUCAGCAUUCCCUGCUUCCCUCAAACUCCCCCCCUUCCCAGUGUUCCCCUCCUGCACUACCCCUGUCCAUUCCCACCCUAUUGAGUCCCAUGGGGAAGCCAGUGGAUGUGUCAGAUGAGGCUGAGUUGCAUGAGAUGGAGACGGAGAAACGUCCAGAACCUGAGUGCCCGGCCUUGGAACCCAGUGCCACCAGUCCCCUUCCCUCCCCCAUGGGGGACCUUUCCUGCCCUGCACCCAGCCCUGCCCCAGCCUUGGGUGAUUUCUCUGGCAUGGGAGAAGACAUAGCCCCUCUCAAUGGGACUGAUGUUUCAUGUUCACAGCCACAGACUGGACAGACCCCUGGCAGUUUGGGUAGUGAAUUUAAAGGUUCCCCUGUGCUCCUGGACCCCGAGGAGCUGGUCCCUGUGACCCCUAUGGAGGUCUAUGGUCCAGAAUGCAAACAAGCAGGGCAGGGUUCACCCUGUGAAGAGCAGGAGGAGCCCCGUGCACCAGCGGCGCCUACACCACCCACUCUCAUCAAAUCCGACAUCGUUAAUGAGAUCUCUAAUCUGAGCCAGGGUGAUGCCAGUGCCAGUUUUCCUGGCUCAGAGCCCCUACUGGGCUCUCCUGACCCUGAGGGGGGUGGCUCCCUAUCCAUGGAACUGGGAGUAUCUACAGAUGUUAGUCCAGCCCGAGAUGAGGGCUCCUUGCGGCUUUGUACCGACUCACUGCCAGAGACUGAUGACUCACUAUUGUGUGAUGCUGGGACAGCUAUCAGUGGAGGCAAAGCUGAAGGGGACAAGGGGCGAAGGCGCAGCUCCCCAGCCCGUUCCCGAAUUAAACAGGGUCGUAGCAGUAGUUUCCCAGGAAGACGCCGGCCUCGUGGAGGAGCACAUGGUGGACGUGGAAGAGGACGGGCCCGACUAAAAUCAACCACUUCUUCCAUUGAGACUCUGGUAGUGGCUGAUACUGAUAGUUCUCCCAGCAAGGAGGAGGAGGAAGAAGAUGAUGACACCAUGCAAAAUACCGUGGUUCUCUUCUCCAACACAGACAAAUUUGUUCUAAUGCAGGAUAUGUGUGUGGUGUGUGGCAGUUUUGGCCGGGGUGCAGAGGGCCACCUCCUGGCUUGUUCACAGUGCUCUCAGUGCUAUCACCCUUACUGUGUCAACAGCAAGAUCACCAAGGUGAUGCUGCUAAAGGGCUGGCGUUGUGUGGAGUGUAUCGUGUGUGAGGUGUGUGGCCAGGCCUCCGACCCUUCCCGCCUGCUGCUCUGUGAUGACUGUGACAUUAGCUACCAUACAUACUGUCUGGACCCCCCACUGCUCACUGUGCCCAAAGGCGGUUGGAAGUGCAAGUGGUGUGUGUCUUGUAUGCAGUGUGGCGCUGCCUCCCCUGGCUUCCACUGUGAAUGGCAGAAUAGUUACACACACUGUGGGCCCUGUGCCAGUCUGGUGACUUGUCCUAUCUGCCAUGCUCCAUAUGUGGAGGAGGACCUGCUAAUCCAGUGCCGCCACUGUGAACGGUGGAUGCAUGCUGGCUGUGAGAGCCUCUUCACAGAGGAUGAUGUGGAGCAGGCAGCUGAUGAGGGCUUUGAUUGUGUUUCCUGCCAGCCCUAUGUGGUGAAGCCUGUGGCACCUGUUGCCCCACCAGAGUUGGUACCUAUGAAGGUAAAAGAGCCAGAGCCCCAGUACUUUCGCUUUGAGGGUGUGUGGCUGACAGAAACGGGAAUGGCUGUGCUGCGUAACUUGACCAUGUCACCACUGCACAAGCGGCGUCAACGACGAGGACGGCCGGGCCUCCCAGGCGAGGCAGGGUUGGAGGGUUCUGAACCCUCUGAUACCCUUGGCCCUGAUGACAAGAAGGAUGGGGACCUGUACUCUGAUGAGCUGCUCAAGGGUGAAGGUGGUGUGGAGCACAUGGAGUGUGAAAUUAAACUGGAGGGUCCUGCCAGUCCUGAUGUGGAGCCUGGCAAAGAGGAGACCGAGGAAAGCAAAAAGCGCAAACGUAAACCCUAUCGUCCGGGCAUUGGUGGUUUCAUGGUGCGACAGCGGAAAUCUCACACACGUGUGAAAAGGGGGCCUGCUGCACAGGCGGAGGUGUUGAGUGGGGAUGGGCAGCCCGACGAGGGUGAGACGGUGAUGCCUGUUGACCUGCCUGCAGAGGGCUCUGUGGAACAGAGCCUUGUGGAAGGGGACGAGAAAAAGAAGCAACAGCGACGAGGGCGCAAGAAGAGCAAACUAGAGGACAUGUUCCCUGCUUACCUGCAGGAAGCCUUCUUUGGGAAGGAGUUGCUGGACCUGAGCCGGAAGGCCCUUUUUGCAGUUGGGGUGGGCCGGCCAAGCUUUGGUCUUGGAGCUCCAAAAGCCCGAGGGGAUGGAAGUUCAGAUAGAAAGGAGCUCCCCACCUUGCAGAAAGGAGAUGAUGGUCCAGAUGUUGCAGAUGAAGAGUCCCGUGGCCCUGAGAGCAUGACCGAUACAGCAGGACCUGAAGAUGGGGGUGUAAAGGCAUCCCCAGUGCCCAGUGACCCUGAUAAGCCAGGCACCCCAGGUGAAGGAAUGCUUAGCUCUGACUUAGACAGGAUUCCUACAGAAGAACUACCCAAGAUGGAGUCCAAAGACCUACAGCAGCUCUUUAAGGAUGUCCUGGGCUCGGAACGAGAGCAGCAUCUAGGCUGUGGAACCCCUGGCUUAGAAGGCAGCCGUACACCCCUGCAGAGGCCCUUUCUCCAAGGUGGACUCCCUUUGGGCAGUCUUCCCUCUAGCAGCCCAAUGGACUCCUACCCAGGCCUCUGCCAGUCCCCCUUCUUGGAUUCUAGGGAGCGCGGGGGCUUCUUUAGCCCAGAACCCGGUGAGCCAGACAGCCCCUGGACAGGCUCGGGGGGCACCACACCCUCCACUCCUACCACCCCUACCACAGAGGGUGAGGGCGACGGGCUUUCCUAUAACCAGCGGAGCCUACAGCGUUGGGAGAAGGAUGAGGAGUUGGGCCAACUCUCCACAAUCUCACCUGUUCUCUACGCCAACAUUAACUUUCCUAAUCUCAAGCAAGAUUACCCAGACUGGUCUAGCCGUUGCAAACAAAUCAUGAAGCUCUGGAGAAAGGUUCCAGCCUCUGACAAAGCCCCCUACCUGCAAAAGGCCAAAGAUAACCGGGCUGCUCACCGCAUCAACAAGGUGCAGAAGCAGGCUGAGAGCCAGAUCAACAAACAGGCCAAGGUGGGCGACAUAGCCCGUAAAACUGAUCGACCGGCCCUCCAUCUCCGCAUUCCCCCCCAGCCAGGGGCACUGGGAAGUCCGCCCCCUGCUGCUGCCCCCACCAUUUUCAUUGGCAGUCCCACUACCCCCGCCGGCUUGUCUACCUCUGCGGAUGGAUUCCUGAAGCCACCAGCAGGCACGGUGCCCUGCCCUGACUCACCUGGUGAGCUCUUCCUCAAGCUCCCACCCCAGGUGCCCGCCCAAGUGCCUUCGCAGGACCCCUUUGGACUGGCCCCUGCCUACGCCCUGGAGCCCCGCUUCUCUGCAGCACCACCUACCUAUCCCCCUUACCCAAGCCCAACUGGGGCCCCUGCGCAGCCCCCAAUGCUGGGCACCACAUCUCGUCCUGGGACUGGCCAACCGGGGGAGUUUCAUACUACACCACCUGGUACCCCUCGACACCAGCCUUCUACUCCUGACCCCUUUCUCAAACCCCGCUGCCCCUCAUUGGACAACCUGGCUGUGCCUGAAAGCCCAGGAGUAGCGGCAGGCAAGGCUUCUGAGCCCCUGCUUUCACCCCCACCUUUUGGAGAGUCCCGGAAGGCCCUAGAGGUGAAGAAGGAAGAGCUUGGAGCAUCCUCUCCUGGUUAUGGACCCCCAAACUUGGGCUUUGUGGACUCACCCUCCUCAGGCCCCCACCUGGGUGGCCUGGAGUUAAAGGCACCUGAUGUUUUCAAAGCCCCCCUCACCCCUCGGGCAUCUCAGGUAGAGCCCCAGAGCCCAGGCUUGGGCCUACGGACCCAGGAACCACCCCCUGCCCAGGCUUUGGCCCCCUCUCCUCCCAGCCACCCAGACAUCUUUCGCCCUGGAGCCUAUCCUGACCCCUAUGCCCAGCCCCCAUUGACCCCUCGGCCCCAGCCUCCACCCCCUGAUAGCUGCUGUGCCCCACCUUCUCGCUCACUGCCCUCUGAUCCUUUCUCACGAGUGCCCACCAGUCCUCAGUCCCAGUCUAGUUCCCAGUCCCCGUUAACUCCCCGUCCUCUGUCUGCUGAGGCUUUCUGCCCAUCCCCUGUUACCCCUCGCUUCCAGUCCCCUGACCCUUAUUCUCGCCCACCUUCACGCCCUCAGUCCCGUGACCCAUUUGCCCCACUGCAUAAGCCACCCCGUCCCCAGCCCCAGCCCCCUGAAGUUGCCUUUAAGGCUGGGCCUCUAGCCCACACUCCACUGGGGGCUGGGGGCUUCCCAGCAGCCCUGCCCUCAGGGCCAGCAGGUGAGCUCCAUGCCAAGGUUCCAAGUGGGCAGCCCCCCAAUUUUGCCCGCUCUCCAGGGACAGGCGCAUUUGUGGGCAACACCUCUUCCAUGCGGUUUACUUUCCCACAACCUGUAGGCGAGCCUUCCCUAAAGCCCCCUGUCCCUCAGCCUGGUGUCCCUCCACCCCAUGGGAUCAACAGCCAUUUUGGGCCUGGCCCUACUUUGGGCAAGCCUCAAAGCACAAACUAUACAGUAGCCACAGGGAACUUCCACCCAUCAGGCAGCCCCCUGGGACCCAACAGUGGGCCCACUGGGGAGGGCUAUGGGCUGUCCCCACUUCGCCCACCAUCAGUUCUGCCACCACCUGCACCCGAAGGAUCCCUCCCCUACCUGUCCCAUGGAGCCUCACAGCGUGCAAGCAUCACCUCUCCAGUAGAAAAGCGGGAAGAUCCAGGGACUACACUGAAUAGCUCUUUGGCAACACCUGAACUCCCAGCUACCCAGGACCCAAGCAUGUCUAGCCUCAGCCAGACAGAGUUGGAGAAGCAACGGCAGCGCCAGCGGCUGCGGGAGCUGCUGAUUCGGCAGCAGAUCCAGCGUAACACCUUACGGCAGGAGAAGGAAACAGCUGCAGCAGCUGCAGGUGCAGUAGGGCCCCCGGGCAGUUGGGGUGCUGAAUCCAGCAGCCCUGCCUUUGAGCAGCUGAGUCGAGGUCAGACCCCCUUCACUGGAACGCAGGAUAAGAGCAGUCUUGUGGGGUUGCCAUCAAGUAAGCUAGGUGGUCCCAUCCUGGGACCAGGGGCCUUCUCCAAUGAUGACCGACUCUCCCGGCCACCUCCGCCAGCCACUCCUUCUAUGGACAUGAACAGCCGGCAACUUAUAGGGGGUUCCCAGGCCUUCUAUCAGCGUGCGCCCUAUCCCGGGUCCCUGCCCUUACAGCAGCAACAGCAACAGCUGUGGCAGCAGCAGCAGCAGCAGGCAACAGCAGCAACUUCCAUGAGACUUGCUAUGUCUACUCGGUUUCCAUCAACUCCUGGACCUGAACUUGGCCGCCAAGCACUAAGUUCUCCUUUGUCAGGAAUUCCCACCCGCCUGCCAGGCCCUGCUGAGCCAGUGCCUGGUCCAGUUGGUCCUGCUCAGUUCAUUGAGUUGCGACACAAUGUACAGAAAGGAUUAGGAUCAGGAGGAUCUUCAUUUCCUGGUCAAGGGCCCCCUCAGAGGCCCCGUUUUUAUCCUGUAAGUGAGGAACCCCAUCGAUUGGCCCCUGAAGGGCUUCGGGGUGUGGCAGUAUCAGGCCUUCCCCCACAGAAGCCCCCUGCCCCACCGGCCCCUGAAUUGAACAACAGCCUCCAUCCAACAUCCCACACCAAGGGUCCUGCCUUGCCACCUGGCUUAGAACUGGUCAGCCGGCCCCCCUCAAACACUGAACUUGGCCGUCCCCCUCCUCUGGCCUUGGAAACUGGGAAGUUACCCUGUGAGGAUCCUGAGUUGGAUGAUGACUUUGAUGCUCACAAGGCCCUAGAGGAUGAUGAAGAGCUUGCUCACCUGGGUCUUGGUGUGGAUGUGGCCAAAGGUGAUGAUGAGCUGGGCACCCUGGAAAACCUGGAGACCAAUGAUCCUCACCUAGAUGACCUGCUCAAUGGAGAUGAGUUUGAUCUACUAGCAUAUACUGACCCUGAGCUAGACACUGGGGACAAGAAGGACAUCUUCAAUGAGCAUCUAAGACUGGUAGAAUCAGCAAAUGAGAAGGCUGAGCGGGAGGCCUUGCUGCGGGGGGUGGAGCCAGGAUCCUUGGGUCCUGAGGAACGUCCUUCUCCUGCUACUGAUAGUGAGCCCCGUGUGCCCGCUGUGCUUUCAGAGGUGAAGCCUAAGGUAGAAGAGGGAGGCCGUCAUCCUUCUCCUUGUCAGUUUACCAUUAACACCCCCAAGGUAGAGCCAGCACUUCCUGCCACUUCUCUUGGCUUGGGGCAAAAGCCAGGACAGACUGUGAUGACCAGCCGGGACACCCGGAUAGCCACAGGGCCAUUUCCCAGCAGUGGGCUUACAGCUGAGAAGGGAUCCUUUGGUGCCACAGGAGGACCACCAGCUCACUUGCUGACUCCCAGCCCACUGAGUGGCCCAGGAACAUCUUCUCUUUUGGAAAAGUUUGAACUAGAGAGUGGGCCCCUGACCUUGCCUAGUGGACAUGCAGCCUCUGGGGAUGAACUAGACAAGAUGGAGAGCUCACUUGUAGCCAGUGAGUUGCCCCUUCUUAUCGAGGACCUUUUGGAACAUGAGAAGAAGGAGCUACAGAAGAAGCAACAACUUUCAGCCCAGCAACAGCAGCCACCGCCACCACCCCAUUCCCUCCUGUCUACACCAGGACCUGCCCAGCCUAUGCCUUUGCCACAUGAGGGCUCUUCUCCCAGUUUGCCUGGGCCUCAACAGCAACUUGCGCUAGGUCUUGGAAAUACCCGACAGCCAGGCUUGGGUCAACCACUGAUUCCCUCCCAACCCCCAGCACAUGCCCUUCAGCAGCGCUUGGCCCCAUCUAUGGCCAUGGUGUCUAAUCAAGGGCAUAUGCUAAGUGGGCAGCAUGCAGGGCAAGCAGGCUUGGUGCCCCAGCAGAGCUCACAGCCAAUGUUAGCACAGAAGCCCAUGAGCAGCAUGCCACCUUCUCUGUGCAUGAAGCCUCAACAGCUGGCAGUACAGCAGCAGCAGCUGGCUAAUAGCUUCUUUCCGGAUACAGACCUGGACAAAUUUGCUGCAGAAGAUAUCAUUGAUCCUAUUGCAAAGGCCAAGAUGGUAGCUUUGAAAGGCAUCAAGAAAGUGAUGGCUCAGGGCAGCAUUGGAGUGGCACCUGGUAUGAACAGGCAGCAAGUGUCACUGCUAGCUCAGAGGCUUUCUGGGGGAUCUGGCAGUGAUCUGCAGAACCAUGUGACACCAGGCAGUGGCCAGCAGUCUCUCUUAUUACAGGAGCGGAAUGCUAGUGACCCUUCCCAGCCUCGUCCUAAUCCACCUACUUUUGCCCAGGGAGUAAUCAAUGAAGCUGACCAGCGACAGUAUGAAGAAUGGCUGUUCCAUACCCAGCAGCUUCUACAGAUGCAGCUGAAGGUGCUAGAGGAGCAGAUCGGUGUGCACCGCAAGUCCAGGAAGGCUCUGUGUGCCAAGCAGCGUACUGCCAAAAAGGCUGGCCGUGAGUUUCCAGAAGCUGAUGCUGAGAAGCUCAAGCUGGUUACAGAGCAGCAGAGCAAGAUCCAGAAACAGCUGGAUCAGGUCCGGAAACAGCAGAAGGAACACACAAAUCUCAUGGCAGAAUAUCGAAAUAAACAGCAGCAGCAGCAGCAGCAGCAGCAACAGCAGCAGCAGCAGCACUCAGCUGUGUUGGCUCUUAGUCCUUCUCAGAGUCCCCGGUUACUCACCAAGCUCCCUCCUGGCCAGCUGCUCCCUGGCCACGGGCUACAGCCACCACAGGCACCCUCGGGAGGGCAAGCUGGAGGGCUUCGCUUGCCUCCUGGUGGUAUGGUACUACCUGGGCAGCCUGGUGGUCCCUUCCUCAACACAGCUUUAGCCCAACAGCAGCAGCAGCAGAAUUCUGGUGGCUCUGGAUCCUUGACUGGCUCUUCAGGGGGCUUCUUUCCUGGCAAUCUUGCUCUCCGAAGCCUUGGGCCUGACUCAAGGCUUUUACAGGAAAGGCAGCUACAGCUGCAGCAGCAACGCAUGCAGCUGGCCCAGAAACUGCAGCAGCAGCAGCAGCAGCAACAGCAGCAGCAGCAGCAGCACCACCUUCUAGGUCAGGUGGCCGUCCAGCAGCAACAGCAACAGGGUCCUGGGGUACAGACGAACCAAGGCCUGGGACCCAAGCCUCAGGGGCUUCUGCCUCCCAACAGCCACCAGGGUCUUCUGGUCCAGCAACUGUCUCCCCAACAACCCCAAGGGCCCCAGGGCAUGCUGGGUCCUGCUCAGGUGGCAGUGUUGCAGCAGCAACACCCUGGAGCUUUGGGGCCUCAGGGCCCUCACAGACAGGUGCUUAUGACUCAGUCCCGGGUGCUGAGUUCUCCCCAGCUGGCACAACAGGGUCACAGCCUUAUGGGACACCGGCUGGUCACUGCACAGCAGCAGCAGCAGCAGCAACAGCAACAGCAACAGCACCAACAGCAGGGAUCCAUGACAGGGCUCUCCCAUCUUCAGCAGGGCCUGAUGUCACACAGUGGACAACCCAAACUGAGUGCUCCGGCCCUAGGCUCCUUGCAGCAGCAACACCUUCAGCAGCAGCAGCAACUGCUUCAGCAGCAGCAGCAGCAACAACAGCAGCUUCAGCAGCAGCAGCAACAACAGCAGCAGCUUCAGCAGCAGCAACAGCAGCUUCAGCAACAACAGCAGCUUCAGCAGCAGCAACAACAGCAGCAGCUUCAGCAGCAGCAGCAGCAGCAACAACAACAACAGCAGCUUCAGCAGCAGCAACAACAGCAGCAACAGCUGGGCCUGUUGAACCAGAGUCGAACUUUACUGUCUCCUCAGCAACAGCAGCAGCAGCAGCAGCAGCAGCAGCAGCAGGUGACACUUGGCCAUGGAGUGGCAGCCAAGCCUCUUCAACAUUUUUCUGGCUCUGGAGCACUGGGCCCAACCCUUCUCCUGACGGGCAAGGAACAAAACAUUGUAGAAACCAUGCUUCCAACAGAGGGCACGGAGGGGCCUUCAACACAUCAGGAAGGGCCACUAGUAAUGGGGACUACACCUGAAUCAAUGGCUGUUGAACCAGGGGAGGUAAAGCCCUCCCUCUCCGGAGACUCACAACUCCUGCUUGUCCAGCCUCAAGGCCAGCCCCAGCCCCAGCCCAACUCUCUGCAGCUGCAGCCAACUCUGAGGCUGCCAGGACAAGUACAGCAGCAAGUUAAUGUACUCCACACAACAGGUGUAGGAAACCAUGGGCAACAACUAAGCAGUGGACCAUCUGAGGCCUCAUCUAUGCCCCACCUGGUGUCCCAGUCCUCUGUUUCUUUAGGGGAGCAGCCUGGGCCCAUGGGCCAGAACCUUCUGGGUCCCCAGCAGUCCCUUGGGCUAGAACGACCCAUGCAAAAUAAUACAGGGCCACAACCUCCCAAAUCAGGACCUGUCCUUCAGUCUGGGCAAGGUCUGCCUGGAGUUGGUGUCAUGCCUACAGUGGGUCAACUUCGGGCACAGCUCCAAGGAGUCCUAGCUAAAAAUCCACAGCUGCGGCACUUGAGUCCUCAGCAGCAGCAGCAGCUGCAGGCACUCCUCAUGCAGCGGCAGCUGCAGCAGAGUCAGGCAGUACGCCAGACUCCACCCUUUCAGGAGCCGGGGACCCAGCCUUCUCCUCUCCAAGGCCUACUGGGGUGCCAGUCUCAACCUGGGGGUUUCCCUGGAUCUCAGACAGGCCCCCUCCAGGAGCUAGGGGCUGGACCUCGACCUCAGGGCCCAUCCCGUCUCCCUGUUCCACAAGGAGCCUUAUCCACAGGACCAGUCCUUGGCCCUGUCCAUCCCACACCUCCACCAUCCAGUCCCCAAGAGCCAAAGAGACCUUCUUCACAAUUACCUUCCCCCAGUGCCCAACUCACCCCCUCCCAUCCUGGGACUCCAAAGCCCCAGGGACCACCCCUGGAGCUGCCCCCUGGGAGGGUUUCACCUGCUGCUGCCCAACUUGCAGAUUCUUUCUCUGGCAAGGGACUGGGGCCUUGGGAUACCCCAGACAACCUAGCAGAGGCCCAGAAGCCAGAACAGAGCAGCCUGGUUCCUGGGCAUCUGGAUCAGGUUAAUGGACAGAUGGUGCAUGAGCCAUCCCAACUCAGUAUCAAGCAGGAGCCUCGGGAAGAGCCCUGUGCCCUGGGAACCCAGGCAGUGAAGAGGGAGGCCAAUGGGGAGCCAAUAGGGGCACCAGGUACCAGCAACCACCUCUUGCUGGCGGGCCCUCGCUCAGAGGCUGGGCAUCUGCUCUUGCAGAAACUUCUACGGGCAAAGAAUGUACAGCUUGGUGCUGGGCGGGGGCCUGAGGGGCUGCGAACUGAGAUCAACGGACACAUUGACAGCAAGCUUGCAGGGCUGGAGCAGAAACUGCAGGGUACCCCCAGUAACAAAGAGGAUGCAGCAGCAAGAAAGCCUUUGACACUGAAGCCUAAGCGGGUACAGAAGACAAGCGACAGGUUGGUGAGCUCCCGAAAGAAGUUGCGGAAGGAGGACGGGGUCAGGACUAACGAGACCUUGUUGAAACAACUGAAACAGGAGCUGUCCCUGCUGCCCCUGACAGAGCCUACCAUCACCACCAAUUUUAGCCUAUUUGCUCCCUUUGGCAGUGGCUGCCCAGUCGGUGGGCAGAGCCAGCUGAGAGGGGCCUUUGGAAGUGGGGCUCUGCCCACCGGCCCUGACUACUAUUCCCAGCUGCUCACCAAGAAUAACCUGAGUAACCCGCCGACACCACCCUCGUCGCUGCCCCCCACCCCACCCCCAUCGGUGCAGCAGAAGAUGGUGAAUGGUGUCACUCCCUCUGAAGAAGUGGGGGAGCACCCCAAGGAUGCAGCCUCUUCACAGGACACUGAAGGAGCACUGAAGGAUGCAUCAGAAGUGAAGAGUGUAGACCUGCUGGCCGCUCUGCCUACACCCCCUCAUAAUCAAACUGAGGAUGUCAGGAUGGAGAGUGAUGAGGACAGUGAUUCUCCUGACAGCAUUGUGCCAGCUUCAUCCCCUGAGAGCAUCCUGGGGGAGGAGGCCCCACGUUUCCCUCAGCUGGGCUCCAGCCGGUGGGAGCAGGACAACAGGGCCCUCUCCCCUGUUAUCCCCAUCAUUCCUCGAGCUAGCAUCCCGAUUUUCCCAGAUACUAAACCUUUUGGGGCCCUUGACCUGGAGGUCCCUGGAAAGCUACCUGCCACAGCUUGGGAGAAGAGCAAAGGAAGUGAGGUGUCAGUCAUGCUGACAGUCUCUGCUGCUGCAGCCAAGAACCUGAAUGGUGUGAUGGUAGCGGUGGCAGAACUACUAAGCAUGAAGAUUCCCAACUCCUAUGAAGUGCUGUUUUCAGAAAGCCCCACCCGGGCAGGCCUUGAGCCUAAAAAGGGGGAGAUUGAGUGUCCUGGUGGGAAAGAAAAGGGUUUGAGUGGGAAGAGCCCAGACACUGUUCCUGAUUGGUUGAAGCAAUUCGAUGCAGUGUUGCCUGGCUAUACACUCAAGAGCCAGUUAGACAUCUUGAGCCUCCUGAAGCAGGAGAGUCCUGCCCCAGAACCGCCAACCCAGCACAACUAUACCUGCAAUGUCUCCAACUUGGAUGUGCGACAGCUGUCUGCCCCACCUCCUGAAGAACCCUCCCCACCUCCAUCCCCUUUGGCACCCUCUCCUGCCAGCCCCCCUGCUGAGCCCCUGGUUGAACUCCAGGCUGAACCUUCUGUUGAGCCACCAAUUCCCUCUCCCCUACCACUGGCCUCAUCCCCUGAAUCUGCCCGACCCAAGCCUCGAGCCCGGCCCUCUGAGGAAAGUGAGGAUUCCCGCCCUCCACGCCUCAAAAAGUGGAAGGGAGUGCGCUGGAAGCGGCUGCGGCUGUUGCUGACCAUCCAGAAGAGUAGUGGGCGGCAAGAGGAUGCGCGAGAGGUUGCAGAGUUUAUGGAGCAGUUUGGUACAGCCUUGCGACCUGAUAAGGUGCCUCGAGACAUGCGGCGCUGCUGCUUCUGUCAUGAAGAGGGGGAUGGGGCUACUGAUGGCCCUGCCCGUCUGCUCAAUCUGGAUCUGGACCUCUGGGUGCACCUCAACUGUGCCCUGUGGUCCACAGAGGUGUAUGAAACCCAGGGUGGGGCACUGAUGAAUGUAGAGGUUGCCCUGCACCGAGGACUACUAACCAAGUGCUCCUUGUGCCAGCGAACUGGUGCCACCAGCAGUUGCAAUCGCAUGCGUUGUCCCAACGUCUAUCAUUUUGCUUGUGCCAUUCGUGCCAAGUGCAUGUUCUUCAAAGACAAGACUAUGCUAUGUCCAAUGCAUAAGAUCAAGGGGCCCUGUGAACAGGAGCUAAGCUCAUUUGCUGUCUUCCGGCGGGUCUACAUUGAGCGAGAUGAGGUGAAACAGAUUGCCAGCAUCAUCCAGCGGGGAGAGCGGCUGCACAUGUUCCGUGUUGGAGGCCUUGUGUUCCAUGCCAUUGGACAGCUGCUCCCACACCAGAUGGCUGACUUCCACAGUGCUACUGCCCUCUAUCCUGUGGGCUAUGAGGCCACACGCAUCUAUUGGAGCCUCCGUACCAACAAUCGCCGUUGCUGCUACCGCUGCUCCAUCAGCGAAAAUAACGGGCGGCCAGAGUUUGUGAUCAAAGUCAUGGAGCAGGGUCUAGAAGACCUGGUCUUCACCGAUGAGUCUCCCCAAGCUGUGUGGAAUCGCAUCAUUGAGCCUGUGGCUGCUAUGAGAAAAGAGGCUGACAUGCUGAGGCUCUUCCCUGAGUACCUGAAAGGCGAGGAGCUCUUCGGGCUGACUGUGCAUGCUGUGCUUCGCAUAGCUGAAUCACUGCCUGGAGUAGAGAGCUGCCAGAACUACUUAUUCCGCUAUGGGCGCCACCCUCUGAUGGAGUUACCACUCAUGAUCAAUCCCACUGGCUGUGCCCGAUCAGAGCCUAAAAUCCUCACACACUACAAACGGCCCCAUACCUUGAACAGCACCAGCAUGUCUAAGGCAUAUCAGAGCACCUUCACAGGCGAGACCAACACCCCAUACAGCAAGCAGUUUGUGCACUCCAAGUCAUCUCAGUACCGGCGUCUGCGCACUGAGUGGAAGAACAACGUUUAUCUGGCUCGCUCCCGUAUCCAGGGCCUGGGGCUCUAUGCAGCCAAGGACUUAGAAAAGCACACUAUGGUCAUCGAGUACAUUGGUACCAUCAUUCGCAAUGAGGUGGCCAAUCGCCGGGAGAAAAUCUAUGAGGAGCAGAAUCGAGGGAUCUACAUGUUUCGAAUAAACAAUGAACAUGUGAUUGAUGCUACAUUGACAGGAGGCCCUGCCAGGUACAUUAACCAUUCCUGUGCCCCUAACUGUGUGGCGGAAGUCGUGACAUUUGACAAAGAGGAUAAAAUCAUCAUCAUCUCCAGCCGGCGAAUCCCCAAAGGAGAGGAGCUGACCUAUGACUAUCAGUUUGAUUUUGAGGACGAUCAGCACAAGAUCCCCUGUCACUGUGGAGCCUGGAAUUGUCGGAAAUGGAUGAACUAAGGAGCUUUGAGGCUACCAGGCAGGGGAGUUUCCCCAACCCCAGCCUCUUCCCUGAAAGGGAUGAGGGGGAAGAGAGGUAGCAGCCAGAGCCAGGACCCAGGGCUGGGGCUGCCGGCUGACCGGAGCCCCUGGAGCAGGAGGCUGGGGCAGAGGGCCCUAGGCCAAGCCCACCCUGGGCACCAGGGACAACCUUCUUCCCCACCACCAGCCCUCAGGCUGGCAUCUCUGCCCCCAGCCCCAGGAGGGGCCAGACAGAAGCAGCCAUUGGGCAUCUCAGGUUUGAGGGGGAUAUGGGCCGGGAACUACCCAGAAGCAUCUGGGGGGCAGCAGUGGGGGGCGGGGAGGAUGUGUGGCCGGGCCUCAUAGCCCUGCUGCCCCCACCAACCUCUCCGGCCCAACUCAAGGCUGCAAAGAGACUUGACUAAGCUUGACAAUCCCAAAGGCCGGGUCCCACACCUGGCCCUGCCUGCCGGGUCCUGCCCCUACCCUCACCCCCAUCCCCUUCCCUCUAGAUCUGUCUCUGUCUCCCUCUUCUCCUCUGUGUUUCUGUCUCUCUAUGGGUUGUGUUUCCUUGUUUUCCACUCUGACAAAUGCAACAUGAACGGGAAAGAGGCAUCCAGAUGCCCAUGAGGGCAAGCUGGGCAAGCCGGGCAAGGAGACCCCGCACCCACACCUACCUCAUUUAAGUGUUGGAUUUUUUGCUGUUUUGAAAUGUGAGACCCUCUCCAAGCCCCCUACUGCCCCAUCCCUCUCCCCCACCUCACUGCCCUCUUCUGAGUGGGUGGAAGGGGGGUAGGAGGAGGAAGAAAAAAACAACAACAAAAAAAUCCAUCUUUGUUUUUAAUUAUGGGCAUGGGAUGGUGGUUGAGGCAAAUGGUGAUGAAGAUAGGGGAUGACUGGCCCCUAGUUGCUCUAGGCCUUCCUUCUCCAUCUGGACAUGGAGGCAGGAGGGGUGUGCUAAACCUAGGACCAGGAAAUCUCUAGUUUUCCCAACCUCAUCAUAAGCCCAUCUGUCCUCCAGCCCUUGGAUAGGGUGGGUGGGGAGUAGGGUGAGGGCUAUCCCUGAGUGGCAUGCCCAUACCCAGUGAGGCAGGGUGUGGCCCGGAGCUCCCACUUUCCCUCAGUCACCAAACUGCUGCUGGUCUGGUGGGAAGGGGUGGUGAUGUGGGGGUGGGGAGCUUAGUGUCAGCACGGGGAGGGUGGGGGGUAUUUAUCUAUUUAUACAUGGGAUUGUACAUAGUCUUGUGGGGCAUGGGGGAGCCGGCAGGAGGUGAGAACCCUCCCCUCUCCCCCCACCCCCGGGGAGAGCAAAUGUAAAACUACUAAUUUUGUGCUUUAUAUAUUCUAUAUAAAUAUAUCUAUUUUCUUUUUACAAAACCAGUUUAUAAAUGGUAGGGGGGUGUGGGGCGGAUACAUGGAGCUCCCCUUGUGGGGGAGCCCCCUCCAUUACCCAACCUACCGCCCUUUCCUCACCCCCCCACUCCCCACCCCCUGGCUGUGACUGCUGUAAGGUGGGGGUAUAGAGAGAGGCUGGGUGAUUCGCACCCCGUUGUAUAGUUGGACUAUGUAAUAACGCACAAAAGUGAGCUGGCCCCAGGGGGAGCCAGAGAAUUUUGGGUUCUCUGCCUUUCUUUCCUUCCUCAUUCUGCCCAAGCUUGUGCUGCAGUUGAACCUCUUCCUGGGGGUGGGAGUGGGUAAGGCCCAAACCCCUCUUUGGUAGGGAGCCACGGGGAUGAAGAUGAAGCUUAUAUGCAGUUCUCUUCUAGGGGCUGUGGGCAAAGGGCAUUUUGUAAUUAAUACUUUCAAGAAUCAGCCGUCUGGAGUGUAGGUAGGGUUGGGCUUGAUGGUGGCAAAUGGGCAGGCCUGCUAGAGGGGGAGCAUGGUUGCUGUUGUGAUUUUAGGUUUGUUUUUGUUUUGUUUUGAAUUUGGGGGAUUGUGGAUUGAUGGGGGUAGGGAGAUUUCUUUCUUUCUUUUCCUUUUUUUUUUUUUUUUUUUAAGCUGCUUCCUCAACUGUUUCAAGCUGCAAAUGUUCAAAGAGAGUAACAUACCCCACUCCCACAGGAACCACUGUAAUAAGAUCAGAGUGAGAAGACAAGGCUGUGGCCCCCAAAGCUAGAGCGACAAGGUCUAGGCAUAGGGAGGGAAGUUUGGUUCCUGUGAGUCAGUCUCUAGUUGGGGCUUGGACCCUGAACUGGGGAAAGGAGAUGGGACAGACGUUGUAAGCGUAUGCUAGGUAUCCGAUAGUCCUGUAGAAUUUAGUGAAGAAACGUUAUACAGUUUUUAAUUUUUAUAUAAACUUAUAACUCAGACCCAAGCUACAAGGUUGGAAUUUUGGUUGUUGGUUUUUUUUUUUUUUUUUUAAAGUACCCUGCCUGUAUAAUUGCAUCAGAGUUCCCCUCCUCCCGUGUUUGUAUUUUGGGUUGGUUUACACUUGCACAUAUUCAGUUUUCAGUUUCCCCCUUACCUUCUUCUACCUUCACCUCCAGGACCCUCCCUCUUUUUUUAAAAAAAAAAAUAAAUCGCUGACAAGUGUGAAUCCCGUGAA